CUCACGCAUCCUGUGUCGACUCUUCGAGCCUACCCUCCGAACGUUUCAUCGAAGAAAUACUGUCUGCCUGUUUUGAACAAAGCGAGCACAAUGGCCUUGACCUCGGAUAAUGGAGGUACAACGCAGAUUCAGGUUAGCAUCCGCAUCCGCCUCGAGCGGUCCGCUUAGCUUACAGUCUCUUACGACCGGAGGGGCGGGGCGGGCAGACGUGCUCUGCAGUUCGUCGUAUGUGACUUUUGUACGUCACUGGUAACGACCGUGUGGACGUAAUGGAGGGGUGGAAGAUUCGAAGACCUCAGAUCCAUAGCUGUAUACCGUUGCCUUCUGAACUCUGCGGAAGCUGCACAGUACUGACCGGUGAACUCUGCCCGUGGCUUCCCUUGACUCGACAGCAGCAGCAACAGCAGCACCCCUCACAGCGUGCGGUCACACAACCUUAUGCUGUCUCUGCCCGGUAUGCCGCUGCCAGAGCAGAGCGGGCGGCACAGGCUGCAGGAGCGAGCGCUAUGCUCCAGGCUCAGAAUCGCAAACCUACCUUCACAGAGGCUAGAGAUAUCAGGCUGAUCUGCCCAGAAUGUCGAGAAGAUCCUCCCGACCUCGUGGAAGCUUACUCAAGUGGUGAUUUAGUCUGUGGAUCAUGUGGGAUGGUAGUGGGAGACAGAAUCGUAGACACACGGUCGGAAUGGCGUACCUUCGCAAAUGAGGAUGGCGACGACCCCUCUCGAGUCGGACAAGCUACGAACCCCAUUCUGGAUGGUCUUACCGAAUCGCUGGAGACUCGUAUCUCAUCCUCCGAUGGCGGGUCUGGUCUGUCCUUUGCACUGCAGCGGGCGACGAACAGGACGGCGACCAGCAAUGCCAAUCGUCACAUUCUGGAGGGCUUCGACGCCAUUCAAAACAAAGUCGAGCGCAUGUCGCUUCCUCGCUCGGCAGCUGAAGCAGCCAAGCAGCUGUUCAGGCGAGUCCAGGACGAGAAGAUCAUGCGUGGCCGCAAGACCGAGGCCAUCAUCGCCGCAGUGCUCUUCGUCGCUUGCAAACAAUCUGGCACUCCCCGGACUUUCCCAGAGAUCAUGUCCAGCGUGAGCGGCGUGACAAAGAGACAAGUCGUCGAUUGCUUCAAGGAGAUUCAAGCAACGUUUGAGCUCGGCCAAUCCGAUGCUAGACCUGAAGGAGGUGCCGGUUUGAACAUCACCUCGGCGGUUGAUUUGAUCAACCGAUUCUGCAAUCUCCUUGGCCUUGAGCGCAUCGUUGUUCGGUCCACUGAGGAGAUCGCUGGCGUGAUCAGGGAGAAAGGGUUUCUGGACGGCAGGUCACCAGUCACCAUUGCAGCUGCGUGCAUCUACCUCACCACUACCAUCUGGGGCGUCCAUCGCUCGACGAAGAGGAUCGCUGAGGCUACCGGCGUCAGUCCUGCGACCAUCAAGGGCAGCUACCGAGAUCUCAUCAAGGUCAAGGAUCAAAUUCUGACUCCUGAGAUUGUCAAUCGCAGUGAUCGCAUCGAUGCGUCACGCGCAGUCGCCUGAUCAUGUCUCUUGUUGUGUGGAUGGUAGUGAGGACGUCAUAGACUAAAGCGAGGGGACAUCCAGCUGCGUCUGGAGACGAGAUUUCUGAUGCGUUUCAACAUUUGUACUUUUAGCUUCUUUCAAUUGCAAUCAGAGCGCAUAAUGCUUCACCACCCUC